AUGUAUCUCAAAGGUAGCAUCCUGAUAAUAUAUUUCUAUGCAUAUCUUACUUUAAAUGCUUUAGUACAAUUACAUUUGAAACGUCGACAACAACCAAUCAACACAUGGAUUAUAACUCGAAUCAGUGUAGCAACAAUGAGACCUCGUGCAUCAUUUUGGAGCGAAUUAUCGAUUUUUAUGGAGUCUCAUGGUGAUUCAUAUCAAGGUGAUGGUCGCAGAGCUGGGCAAGUACGGAGUUUUUCGAGUACGACUCUGGAUGGUCGUACUAUUCAUCAAAUAGGACGCGCACUUGGUUUAACUGACCAUAUGAUUCAAUAUGUUCAACGUGAUACCGACAAGCCCGGCAAAGUUGCUAUGAACAUAUGGAGAAAGUUAUGCCCAACAAUUGAUGAUAAAGUAUUUGUGAAAUCGAUAAAGAAAGUUCCAAUAUCUACACUUGAUAAUAUUUACGCAUUUGCUCGUCUAUCUAACCCAAAAAGUAGUUUAGAUUAUAAAAAAAUGCGAAGCGACAUAGCUGCUAAUAUCAGACAAGGCAAUUUAUCCCAUCGAACACGUGGAGCUUUACUGAUGGAUCAAAAUUAUAAUGGAGAAAAUGAUGCUGAUAAUGACGAUGACGAUGAAGAAAAUAAAUCUGAUAAUGACGAUGAAGAUGAAGAAAAUGAAUCUGAUAAUGAUGAUGACGAUGAAGAAAAUGAAUCGACUAAUCAUGUGAACGAUGCCCAAUCGCGUGGACGAACAAGCGAAGCAGUUAAUGAUUCAAGUAACAACGAAGAAGAAUAA